AUGCUUGCCGAUCAAUACCGCGAGUUUAUGGAAGCGACAACCGGGGCAGUGCUGCCCACAAUCACUCACGCACCGCGGCACUCUGAGCUGCGCCGCUCCACUGCGGCCUCAGCGACCAAAGUGCAACAAAUGGACGCCCCCAACAUCCCCAACGGGUCUUCUCGACAGCGCGCCAUGUUGGAGGCACUGGCUGGGAUGAACGAGCAGUCGGCGGAUGCCGAAGCAGCAGCAGCACUGCAGACAUGCAGUGCGGCUGUGCUGACAGCCAUGCCGCAGCUUCAGGUUUCCUCGAUAAGCUGGGCUCGCGGUGGUCCCUUGCUUCAAGACGCAGUGCGCCUGGGCGGUGGCGAGAACCUGAUCUUGCAGCGUGUGCUUGCGGCAUCCAGUGCCCCGACCUUUGAAAGCGCACAUGCGUUGAGUUUGAGGAGUGCGGUCACAACAGGGCGCACAUAUUUGGACGCGACUUUGCCUCCAAUGCCGUGUUGGUGA